ACCUAAUGCUUGUUGUAACACCCUAAUUCGUCCAGGUCUGCAGCCCCUUCCGAACUUAAGUAUUAACUUGGUAAUCACAUAAUUUAAAACAUUUCAAAUAACUUUAUUCAUCAUAAAUAAAAUUCCAGACCGACAACGUAGUAAAUACGGAGUGUUUAAUAAUAAUGCGGAAGCGACUUUUAAACAUGUCUCAUAACAACAUAAUCAUUUAUUUUAUCAAUAAAUCCACCACGACUGUCUCGCCCCUUCCGCUGCCAGGAACAUGCCAUUCACUCAUUCUGUCUACCUGCGUGUAGCAAAUAAAACAUACUACACGCUCAGCGAUGAAGCUGAAAUUGAUGCUAUGGAAGAGCUGAAAGAACUUGUCGAGUGCUUCAGGGUGUUGUCGCCAGAGCUUAUAUCAUGGACGCUGGCAAAUAGAAAUGAUAUUUGGGAGCACAAUCCGAGAAUGAAGCUUUCUGAAAGAGCUCGCAAAACAUUGAGAAAAAUAUUUGCGGUCGGUUAUCAAUCAAUAUGUGCAUAUGCCAUAUGGAGGGGGAGACAACCACGAAAGGAGAUGACAGGGAGUGGAAUUUUUGCAUCAGCCGGAGAAGAUGACUUGCUGGAGUCUGAAAACCCAAACACUACCACUCCCAGCAACAAAACUGGACUCCGAAUGUACCAGGUUGUUUCUGGGGUGAGUCAGAUUUCGUUUGGGGAGGAAGAAGCUGUCUCUACGAAGAAACCAACCACACUGCCUGAAGUGGCGAAGCAACGGGAGCUUAGCUGAACCCUUGGCGAAUUGAGCGGACCAACCUGCUGGCGACGACCACAAAUGUGGCGGAAACCUCCUAGCGCCCCCAACAGUGGAGACGCCCGUUUGGCAGCAACUGUGUCCCCUCACAGAGACUGCGUGAUUUACGAGAACAAUUGCAUCGUCGAUGCUCCGGCUAGGGCAGUGAAGGCAGCAGUACCAACACUCCCCCAACCCUUGGCAGUAACGAUUGAGUGGAGGUAAUUAUGGUUUUUUUAUAAAUAAAAUAUGGAGUAAAAUAAUGCUUUGGUUGUAUA